UGAAAAUCCCCUCGGAACCACGAAGGUCAACCCCUCUCUCCUUCUAUCAUUUGUUUUUUCUUGCACGUUCUCUGUCUUUCACUCUCCGCCUUGGUUUUUGUUCCAACUGCUGAUUAACUUCCUCAACCCACCUGGCCCACCCAGAGAUUCCACAAUAUGGGUUCCCUUUUCCAUCCCCCCUACCUUCUUUAAUAAUAUUUCUCUGAUAUAAAUCCUCCUUUACAGUAACCCUUGAUCUCAGCCCCUGGCAAAACAGAAGUCUCCUAUCUAUUCUUUAUUUUCUUCACGCUAGAUCGAUGGAAAACUCUUUGAGUUCAUGUAUUAACAAAGCUGUUGCUUCUAAAGGAACCACAAACAGCCCUGAAGAGAGUGGUUGGACUGCAUACUUUGAAGAUUUCUCAAGUUAUGAAGGACACAGUUCCUCUAAUUCUAGUUUUCAUACCUCUUCUGGGGUCUCUGAUGCUGCUUCUUCUGCUGCAUGGAAAAAUCCCGAUAGCAAUCUGAAGAUUCCCAAGAGAUUGAGCUUCAAGAAAACAAGAACCAAAAUAAUUUCUUUUGACGAUUCUUUGGAGGAUACUGCUAGCUCCCCAGUUAGUAGUCCCAAGGUUGGUGAUUUGGAACCAGGUGAUAUGAAUCCAAGAAAGGCACAUGAUCAUCAUAUUAUUAGUUCCUUGAGCAUGGCAGAUACUUUAGAUCAUUAUCCAGAACUGCAGGCAGAUGAAAGAAGGGAAAUCAUGAACUUUGGUGGAAAGAAUAAUCAUGACUACACAGAUUUAAGGAAGAGGGGACUGUGCUUGGUUCCUUUGUCCAAAGAAUAUUUAUAUGUUUGCGAGAAAUCAGGGACUGAUGAGACAUUUUCAAGAAUGAUAGAGCUCUUAUUUGCGUUGAUCUUGGAACGUCCUCGAUCCAAUGUUGAGGGUGCAACAUUAAGCUGGUUCCCAUCCCUUAUUGAUUAAAAUCGCUUUAGGUAUCUGGAGCAAUUGGCAGAGCAAUCCAGAUCAGCGUCAUGCAGAAACUUGAAAGGUCAUGCUAAAUGCACUACGUACGUGUAAGAUAAGGGAAAUAUUUUAUUGGAUAAACUAAGCUGGUCUUCCUUUGGUUAGGAUUAAACAAUGUUGUCUUAUCAUGAUGAUAAGUCUAGAUUAAGUUGAUCAAUUAAGUUGAUUGGAUGAUUGUAUUUAUGAGAGUCUAGAUUCGAUUCUGAGUUUUUA